AUGGAAGAUAAAAUUGUUGAUGACGCCCUUAAUUUGUUAAAAAACAAUAAUGAUUUUUCGACUCAUAACAUGUUGCAUCUAGUGUACCAAAAAUUUGAAGAGAACGAUUCUCUAAAUUCAUCAGAAAUAUGUAAAAAAGAAAAUAAUGACCAUAGUACUAUACUUAACGGUGACGAUGGUAUUGUUAAACUUUGUAGUAAAAUAGAAAGUAUUUUAAAAAAAUUGAAAUCUAUUUGUUCAAAUAAUAAUGGUCUUAGUGAUAAUAAAUGUUGUGAUUAUUUGAUAUAUGGGAUAUAUGGAGAAUUAAUGAAAGGAAAUUACACUCCAUAUAGUGUUCAUUGGCUUUACGGAAAAAUACAGGUGCUUUUGGAAAGUGAUGAAUAUGGCACUAAAACGAACCUUAAAUGCAAUAGUAAUUUUAAGAGGGUCUUUGAUGUUGAAAAUUUAAAAAUAAGAAAUAUCUUCACGAUUUCUUAG